CUAAUAGAUAGUAGCAGUAACAGGUAGGUACUUACCCCCAAUAGCCGUGGUAGCACCCUCUUCAUCCCGUUGAUACAUCUUUACCUACCUACGGCAGUCGUAACACGACUAUAUCAACCCUAAAUCAUCUUUGGAUCUAACUGAUACUACGACUUAAUUCAAAUUUAUUUUCUUAUUAAUCCUUUCAUCGAUUCACAAAUCAACUCCAUAUCUUACGAACCACCCUUAGGAACUUAUUUAUUCACAAUUAAUCUAGGUACCUACGUCUAGUUAAGUAGAAAGUUAUACACAUCCUCGUGACUUUAUUCUAGCCAAUAUGUCGAUCCCAUCUGGCGAUCUUCUCAAUGAUCGAUUCUUCAAAUUCGUUGUCGGUCCAGAUCGAAAAGAAUUCGUCGUCCAUGCGGAUGUCUUCGCCAAGCUUUCCAAACCCCUAGAUGCCUUAAUCAAUGGCAUAUUCUCCGAGGCUGCAGAGAAGCGUACGGUCUGGGACGAAGUAGCUGAGACGACCUUUGACCGACUUAGACAGUUCGCCUAUUGUGGCGACUAUGAAUGCGUUGCGCCCAAGUUCUCAACCAACAAAGCGAAGCCUAGUAGCGAAGCUCAACCGGAACCUACCAUGCAACAAGAAGCUGCUACUAUGACACAAGACAUCACCAGCCUAUCAAAUACUAGAAGGCUCCAAUGGACCUUACCAUACUCCAUUCACGAUAUGUAUAAAGAAAAGAUAUCCCAUCCUGUUACUGCAAUGGCACUCUUUCUUCCCGAGUAUCGUGUUCAGGAAAUCGGACUCCACGACGGAAGGCUAGCGACGAUAAUUGCUUUAAUAAAUCGGUACGCUGAGCUCGGCUUCGGUUCUACGUGGAACCAAAGGCUCAAGACCGAUGUCAUCGGGACCGAAUCAUGCGAAAACCUCAGAGACAUCUUUUUUUGUCAUGCAGACCUUCAUAUGUUAGCGGAAAAGUAUUGUAUCGACGAACUGUCACGAAUUACGACGGUCAAACUCGGCAAGCUCUUACAUACCCACGUCUGGACCCUAGAAUCGGCACGCCAUUUUGCUGAACUUGUACCGUACGUCUUCGGUAACACACUACCUAAAGAUCCAAUACGAGAGACGCUCAUAUAUUACGCGGCCAUCGUCAUCGAUGACGUUUACGAAGAGGAGAAUUUCGCUAAAAUGCUCAUUGACGUCCCUGAGUUUUCACGGGCCAUAAUCCAAACGAUUGUGAAAAAUCGCAUAGGUAGGGACGUGCUCAAGGGCGUGCUCAAGGACAUACCCAGGGACUAAUCGGAGAGUACAAUACCCAUAGUGGAUGAUGGAAGCGAAGGAUUUUAGAAGUUAGUAUUGAUUCAAGCGAGUAUAUGUCGUUCAGGUGUAGAUCACGGUAUUUGGACCGAAUAAAUAAAAGUUAGGAUCCACCAAAACC